UUCCAACACGCAUAUUUCUCAUGUUUUCGGUCUUUGGGACUGUCGUGUUUCGGUUUUAGGCCUGCCUCUGCCGUUUUAUAAGGUUCUCCAGGUUGACUUACUGGGGUCUUACUGUUUUAUUUUAGGCAGGCAGUACACGCGCGGUCUUGUAUAUCGCCUUUUCCCUUUGAGUCGAGCAGCGUUCGCCCGGGGCAGUCCAGCCCUGGCAGCGGUGACGUCAUCGAGCGCCGGGCUGAGCGGGGAGAGCGCGCGCGAGAGAGAGCGCGCCGCGGCGGAGUUCCUAUAGGGCCUGCGAGCGAGGCGCUGGGAGGACGACGGGAAACACGCCGAACGGGAUUUUCCAUUGCCCUGUUGCGAAUGCACCCACAGCGUGGAUAUUCGGGAUAAAGGUCGUUUCCGUCCGCAUCCCUUCGCUUCCCCCCGAACUGUCCAGAGGCGACCUGUAAAGAGGGACUCCAUGAAAGAUGUCAGAGGAGGCGAUUGUUAUUGCCAAGUGGGACUAUACGGCACAACAAGACCAGGAACUUGACAUAAGGAAAAAUGAGCGCUUGUGGCUCCUGGAUGAUUCAAAAACAUGGUGGAGAGUACGAAAUUCAUCCAACAGAACGGGCUACGUCCCUUCCAAUUACGUCGAGCGCAAGAACAGUCUAAAGAAAGGCUCUCUGGUGAAAAAUCUCAAAGACACACUUGGCCUGGGAAAACGAAACGUAAAACGCAGCACACGAGAAGCUCCAACACCAAGCACAGACGAGUACUCGUUCUAACGGGGUGGAGCAGAACGAAUAUAUGACCUGAACACUCCGGCGGUGGUGAAGUUUGCCUACAAUGCGGAGCGGGAGGAUGAGCUCAGCCUGGUGAAGGGAUCCCAGCUGAUGGUGAUGGAGAAAUGCAGUGACGGCUGGUGGAGGGGCAGCUAUAACGGCCAGGUGGGCUGGUUCCCUUCCAACUACGCCCAGGAGGAAGAGCUGGAGGACUCCUCAGCCGACCUUCCCGGCGUCUUCUCCUCGAGGGCGAGCCUCAGUAACGGUCAGGGCCCCAGAGUCCUUCACACCGCUCAGACGCUCUACCCCUUCAGCUCCGUGACGGAUGAGGAGCUGAACUUCGAGAAGGGCGAGACCAUGGAGGUGCUGGAGAAGCCGGAGAACGACCCAGAGUGGUGGAGGUGUAAGAACUGCCGCGGGCAGGUGGGUCUGGUGCCAAAGAACUAUGUGGUUGUGCUCAACGAUGGCCCAUUAGCCCCGGGCCCCCGUUCCCAGCAGGACGGCCACACGGGACCCUCCCACACGGGAAAUUCGGCCGGAAAGGAUUGGUACUAUGGCAACGUGACACGGCAUCAGGCUGAGUGCGCGCUGAACGAGAGGGGGUGGAGGAGACUUCCCUUGUGCGAGACAGCUUAGUCCUCUCCGAGUGAUUUCUCAGUGUCUCUGAAAGCAGUCGGGAAGAACAAACACUUCAAAGUGCAGCUGUCGAAUGGAGUUUACUGUAUCGGACAACGCCAGUUCAAUGCUAUGGAUCGAACUGUUAGAGCAUUACAAAAAGCUCCCAUCUUCACUAGUGAACAUGGAGAGAAGCUUUACCUUAUCAAACCCUCCACAGUAAACCGAGAGGACCUACUGAAUGACCAACCCACAGGAAAAUCGCAGGAUGAUCGUUUCCGCCGCGAGUGUCCUUUCUGUUCCCGCUUGUUCCACGCUGCUCAAGCUCUUCUCUUCUCCAGAGUGGUUCACCUGAACGAACAUCGCCUUUUUCCCAAGUGA